AGCGUCGUCUUUUCGUCGACGGCCGAUGACGCCAUCACCGACGGACGGUGUUGUUAUUGCUGAAAUGUGGAGGAGCUGUUUUUUCUUUUUAUUUGUUUCGCUUUAACUUCUUCGUCCCGUUUAAUCGACCAAAGCUGGGCCAAAAUGGCCGACUACUGGAAGUCACAGCCGAGGAAGUUCUGCCAGUACUGCAAAUGCUGGAUUGCGGACAACAAGCCUAGCGUCGAGUUCCACGAAAGAGGGAAGAAUCACAAAGAAAAUGUGGCUGCCAAAAUUUCAGAGAUUAAAAAGAAGAGCAUUGAGAAGUUGAAGCAGGAGGAACGUAUGUCUAAAGACUUUGCAGCGAUGGAGGAGGCUGCGAUGAAGGCGUAUGAGGAAGAUCUGAAGAGGAUGGAAAGGGAGGCAGCAGGAUUAGGUCCACCAGCCGAAACCACAACAGCUCCUCAGCCAAAACCUGUGGUCAUAUGUCAGACCAGAAAACAGUAUAAGAAAGAAAUGAAAUCAAGCAAGAAAUCUGCAAAGCAAAGAGAAACACAGGUUUGGGUUGAAGGUCAAUCAGAAGAUGGACACACAUACUAUUACAACUCAGUAACUGGAGAAUCUCGAUGGGAAAAACCACAGGGUUUCCAGGGAGAAAGUUCAGCCUCUGCACACCCUGGACAGACUAAGAGCUCUUCAAGUUGUCAUUGGAUGGAAGCUCUCAGCCCUGAUGGUUAUACGUAUUACUACAACUCAGAGACUGGAGAGUCCAGCUGGGAGAAACCGGCAGACUUUCCUUCCAGUGAGGCAUCUGGGUCUGGAUCCAGCAACGAGGAGAAUCAGAAGGAGCCUUCAACCCCUCAGCCCGAGCCACUUUCAGCAGAAGAGAGCUCCAAUGAGGCCCAGGCAUCUAAGGAGGCAGAGGUCACUGAACAAGCCAGUCAGCAGUCCAAAGUCCCAAAGAUCAGUUUCAGGAAAAGGAAAGCUGAGGCCAGUCCCUCAGAUAAUGAAGAGGACAAUGAAGAAACCAGUGAGGAUUCUCCUAAAGAAGAUGCUGAAGAGAUGAAAAAAGAGGAAGAGGUCCAAAGCACAACAGCUGAACCUGAGGAGAAGAAAGAGGAAGAGAAAAAGAAAGAGUUGGUGGCAACGCAACCCAAAAAGCCAAAGAAAGCCAAUCCAUACGGAGUCUGGGAACAGAUCCAGGAAGAGGAGGAUCCAUACGCCAGCAUUGACUUACAGUUGCCCCAGGUGGAGGGGAGCGCAGCCAGCGCUCCAGCCGACCUGCCGCCUGAGCCAAAACCCAAGUUCAAAGAACGCAUCAUCACCUCCCUCGGAGACGAAGGCGGACCUUCUUCGUUCAGGAAAAACAAGACACAGAAUGGAAAAUCCAGGAGCCUCCGACAGAGAGACAAUGACGACUAACUCAUCAAGGUUUGGGUUAGGAUGCAGCAGAUUUAGACUUUUACAUAAUAAAAACUUCCGGUUGCACCAUUUUGAUCUGUGAAUUCAGCAGAAAUAUUUUGGGGGGGCAAAAUUGGCAUGAAACAUAAAAGAAAAAAAUCUUCAUUGUGAAACCUGUGCAACACUUUUAUAGUCUUAAGGUUGGUUUGGUCUUGUGUACAGUAUUGUCGACAUCCAGGUGUGUUGAGUUUACUCACAUGGAAAAUACUUCUUCCUGUAGUUCGGAAAGUGCGGCUGUAUCCAUUCAGAGCAAUUCAAAACCUUUUUUUGUAUUUUUUUACCUGUGUAAGUUAUGAGAAGGCGCGUGGAAACAUUGCAGUACUUGUCAGUUAAAGUGAAUGAGUGUCAUAUUUUAUAAGGUAAAAAAUGUGUUCCAAAUUAAUGAUUAUAGUUAAUUUCACAAGUGAAUGAUUGAUAAAUGAAUAAUAAAAAAUGUUUUCACAUGAUG